GCUUGAACAGUAUGAUUUGCUUUGGUUUGAACUGGCCAAAUCAUGGCCAUGUUUUCCAUUGAGCUUCUGAGAACAACCCUCCUCUGAGACAUUUCUCCACGUUGGAGUCCCCAGAGGUAUAAUUACCUGUGGCUCCAGGGAGUUCUGUUGUUAAGACAAAGCACACAUGUUUUUUUUUAGUUCAGCACAUUAUUUCACAUUAUGCAGACAGCAAUGGAGGGUGUUCUUCUUCAGACUCCCAGCUUGGUGACUCUGCUGGGGACUGUGGUGUUUCUGCUGCUCCUCUACCUCCUAACCUCCAGCUCCCAGGAACAGGGGAAGGAACCUCCAGGACCCAGACCACUACCUCUGCUGGGGAACUUGCUGCUGCUGGAUCUUAGCAGGCCUUACCGUACACUCUGUGAGCUUUCCAGGGAAUAUGGAUCAGUGUUCACAGUUAAUUUUGGACCCAAGAAAGUAGUGGUCCUGGCAGGAUACAAGACAGUCAAGCAGGCUCUGGUCAACCACGCUGAGGAGUUUGGAGACAGAGGCCUCAACCAGAUUACAAAGGAUAUCAACCAGGGUCAUGGCAUCCUUUUUGCUAAUGGAGACUCCUGGAAAGAGAUGAGGCGCUUUGCUCUUACUAAUCUCAGGGACUUUGGAAUGGGCAAAAAAAGUGCUGAGGAGAAGAUCAUAGACGAGUGUCACCAUCUGAAGACAGUGUUCGAAAAAUAUGAAGGUAAACCUUUUGACACAACCCAGCCAGUGAAUUAUGCUGCCUCCAAUAUCAUCUCAGCCAUCGUGUAUGGCGACAGAUUUCAUUACACUGACCCCCAGUUCAAGGGCAUGGUGGACAGAGCCAAUGAGGGCAUACGCAUUACAGGAUCUGCACCAAUUCAGGUUUACAAUAUGUUUCCCUGGCUGGGCCAUUGGAUCAAGAGCAGAGGUCGUAUGAUGAAACUUGUGGACCAGAAUGUUAAAGAUGUUAUGGACUUGGUCAGAGGCCUAAAAGAUACCUUGAACCCCCAGAUGUGUAGAGGCUUUAUUGACUCCUUCCUUGCCAGGAUGCAGAAAUUGGAGGAAUCUGGCACGCAAAACUCUCACUACCAUGACAAGAACCUGAUAUUUUGUGUGACCAACCUGUUUGCUGCUGGAACCGACACGACAGGAACUACGGUACGCUGGGGACUCCUGUUCAUGGCCAAGUAUCCUCAUAUACAAGACCAGGUUCAGGAGGAGAUCAGCAGGGUGAUAGGAAGUCGUCAGGUCUUGGUAGAGGACAGGAAGAACCUUCCCUACACUGAUGCUGUCAUCCAUGAGACCCAGAGACUGGCCAACAUUGUACCCAUGUCCAUCCCUCACGUCACCAGCAGAGAUGUCACCUUCCAGGGAUACUUCAUCAAGAAGGGGACGACUGUAUUUCCACUAUUGACGUCAGUCCUACAGGACGAGAGUGAAUGGGAGAGUCCUCACACCUUUAACCCCGCCCACUUCCUAGAUGCGCAAGGUCAAUUUGCCAAGAGGGACGCUUUCAUGCCCUUUUCUGCAGGUCGCAGGGUGUGUCCUGGGGAAGGUCUGGCCAGGAUGGAGCUCUUCCUCUUCUUCACCUCUCUCCUCCAACACUUUCGUUUCUCUCCUCCACCCGGGGUAACAGAGGAUGAUCUGGAUCUCACUCCAGCUGUGGGCUUCACCCUCAACCCCUCACCCCACCAGCUGUGUGCUGUCAGCCGGGUCUGAGGAGAGAGAGAGAGACAGUCUCAGAGACACACCAUUCAUCCUUCUACUGCAACACUUUACUUACUUUCAUUUCAGGAAUGUUGAGAAAUAGGUAAUAAUCAACUUCAUGGUUUGUGAACUACUAAAGCAAGCAUUUUCAUAAAGCAUCUGGCCUAGUAAUGUUGUACCAUUUAUUCCAACAAGCUAAUCGACAUCUGUUAAUAGUGGCUAAUUUAGGUGUGUAUUGUCUUGUAUAUAACUAUAUAUACAAAUUAUCAAUAAACAGAAAUUACUACACUAAAAUAUAGGUCCUUUGUUUCAAUCAUGUACGUUUGUACACAUUUUAAAAAUAAAGAAAGCAUU